UGGACGAAAAACCCCAAAUUCCUCUUCGGUGUGAGUGUAUACCAGUAAGAAUGAGCAAACGCAAGCAAACAUGGAGGACUCUUUCCGUUUAGUGAACAUCCUCACUAGGUUGCCUGCAAAAUCUGUGGUCCGAUUCAAGUGCGUCUCGAAACGGUGGUGUUCUAUAUUAUCCGAUCAACAAUUUGCCAAGUCCCAGUUCAAAUUUGCAUCAUCUCAGCACCAAAGGCUCCCCUUCCAGCAGCACUCCUCCUCGUCGGAAUGCCUCUCUUUUGACUUGAACCCGGUUUCGUCCUUUGGGGAUGUUUCUUCUGUCAGAAAGCUAACCUUUCCAGUAGAACGCCUGCAAAGCGAUCGUGCCAGGCUCCUGGAAUCGCACAAGAAACCCCGUAGAGAUCAUGUCAGGCUAUUGGCGUCGUGCAAUGGUUUGGUGUGUUUUACUGUCAACAAUCCUGAUGAUUUGAUUGUCUCAAGGUAUUAUAUCUGGAACCCUACAAUCGGAUUCUUGCAAAAAUUGCCGCAGACAACAAGUUCAUCUCCAUCGUCAGAAAAGAAAAGGUGUGACCUUAACCAUUUCGGUUUUGGUUUCGUGUCGGCCACUGACGAAUACAAAUUCUUAACCAGUUAUUAUCAUCGGUCUAAUGCCGAGAUGGAGAUAUUCUCAUCGAGAACCAACUCUUGGAAAAGAAUUGCAGCAGCUGACAAGGGUUUCGGCCACAGUACUGAUAUUAUAAACGGGGUUCUUUUCAAUGAAGCGCUUCAUUGGCCCGGCUACUUUAACUGGAAGCAGCAGACUAUUGUUGUUUUUUAUUUGACCAACGAGAAGUUCCCGGUAGUGCCAUUACCUAUCAAGUUUCAAAGGUCCACUGGCGGCGCUGUUAGUGCCAUUCACACGCUUCACUUGUUUUUUUUCACACUUGAUCAACUCCAACGUCUCACGGCGCCGGACGAAUCUUAUCCCGAUAACUGUACCAUUUUAUGGGAUCCUUAUGAUGUCGGAGAAAAUCGAUUCUGGGUCGGGGAGUUUGUUAAUCUUAAACCUAUACAGCGAGUCACUCACACCAUAUUCUCUCAUGAGUCAUGACCCACAUAUCAAAAUGUUGAUCAUCCCAAAUUUUUAAAUUUCCCUCAUUUCUCAUUGUUAUGGUACGCCGUACACACAAACAUCCUCCAGCAACUGUCAAACUAUAAGGUCUAACAGCCAGGGCCGGCUUUGGCCCAGUGCAAUCAGGACGACCCCUCG